GGAGCUCGUCCUUCCCUGCGGCAUCUCCCGACACACCUGUCAUCAGCUCUAGCCCCAGCUCUGACCCUCUGUCCGGGGAUAUUUUCCUUUCCCUCAGCCAGCAGCAGCAUCCCUUCUACUAGAGCUACAGCCGAGGUUUCCGUCACCACCUCUCUGAUGGAAGGAGCGGGCUGAGCUCACUGGAAGGGUUCUGCUUGGUGGUGAUACUUUUAUGAGGCUCCUUGUCCCCCCACGUGUGUCACCCACUAUCCCGGGGGGCACCGGGGGUGUGCUCGGCGGCCGGAGCCUUCUUGGUGGUGGGCCGCCAGCAUCCCCUGCUGGAUGGGCUUUGGAGGGGCCGAUGUGCGACUGGCCAGGCGUGGAGAGUCGGAGCCGCCCAUCCCCGGCCCAUGGUCCCGCCCCAGCCGUGCUGCAGUUCCAGCUGCUUGCGCUGAAUAUCUGGAGGAAGCAGCACUCGGCGCUGGCUAAGUCCUUCUCGGAUCAUGUGAUGGUGGUGUCCACGUCCAGCUUCGUCCUCUGCCCCGGGCCUGCCGAACACCCGGCGAGGAUGGGGCUGCCGGCCCUCGCCCUGCUGCUGGCGGUGAGGCUCCUGAGUACGCAGGCCUCCCCCUCACCACGCUCCUUCCGGGUGGAUUAUGAGCGCAACUGCUUCCUUAAGGAUGGUGUCCCUUUCCGCUACAUCUCAGGCAGCAUCCACUACGCCCGUGUUCCGCGGCCUGCCUGGAGGGACCGGCUGCUCAAGAUGCACAUGAGUGGGCUCAGCACUGUGCAGGUCUAUGUCCCCUGGAACUACCAUGAGACACUGCCAGGGGUUUAUGACUUUGCUGGGAACCGGGAUGUGGAAGCCUUCCUGGACCUGACAGCUGAGCUGGGACUUCUGGUGAUCCUGCGGCCAGGGCCCUACAUCUGUGCGGAGUGGGAGAUGGGUGGCCUGCCUGCCUGGCUGCUGUGGAAACCAGACAUCAUCCUGCGCUCCUCUGACCCCGCGUACCUGGCAGCUGUGGACUCCUGGCUCCAUGUCCUGCUCCCCAAGAUCAAGCCACACCUGUACCAGCAUGGAGGGAACAUCAUCAGCGUGCAGGUGGAGAAUGAAUAUGGGAGCUACUAUGCCUGUGACUAUGGAUACCUGCGGCACCUGCUGGGCUCCUUUCGGGCACUGCUGGGGAGCGAGGUGCUGCUCUUCACCACCGACAGCACGCGAGCAGAGGAGCUGCGCUGUGGCACCCUGCAGGGGCUCUACGCCACCAUCGACUUCGGGCCAGGAUCCAAUGUGACAGAGCUGUUUGAUGCCCAGCGCCGUGUGGAACCGAAGGGCCCCCUGGUAAACUCUGAGUACUACACAGGUUGGCUGGACUACUGGGGGGAGGCGCACGCCAGCACCAGUGCAGCGUGGGUGGCCCAGGGGCUGGAGGACAUACUGCAGCUGGGAGCCAGUGUCAACAUGUACAUGUUUCAUGGAGGGACGAACUUUGCCUACUGGAGUGGUGCUGACUACAAGGACCAGUACAAACCAGUGACCACCAGCUAUGACUAUGAUGCCCCCCUGUCAGAGGCAGGAGACCCCACCGAGAAGCUGUUUGCCAUCCGCAUGGUCAUCAGCAAGUUCCAGCCUCUGCCAGUUGGUCCGAUGCCACCUGCCACUCCCAAGUAUGCCUAUGGCUGGGUAGCCCUGCGGAAGUAUGCUGACCUCCUGGAUGUCUUGGAUGUGCUGUGCCCCCCUGGGCCCAUCCAGAGCCAGUUCCCCCUCACCUUUGAGGCCAUAAAGCAGGCCCAUGGCUUUGUGCUGUACCGCACACAGCUGCCCCGGGACAUCCCGGACCCAGCCACGCUCAGUGCUCCUCCCCACAGCAUCUGCGACCGUGGCUACGUAAUGCUGCACAAGGAGUACCAGGGGAUGCUGGAGAGGGAUGGGCAGAUGACACUGCGUGUGACAGGCAAGGCAGGGGACACCCUGGACAUGCUCCUGGAGAACAUGGGCAGGAUCAGCUUCGGUGCCAAUGUCAGUGACUUCAAGGGCUUGUUGGGAAACAUCUCCUUGGACUCUAUCCUUCUCAACAACUGGCUGAUCUAUCCCCUGGCCAUAGAUACUGCAGUCCAGCAGGGCUGGCCCCACGCUGCCAUGCCAAAAUCAAGCAGCAGGGGCAGAGCAGGGCCAGCCUUCUACACCGGGACCUUUGAGACCCCUGGCAUUGCCUGGGACACCUUCGUGAAGUUCCCAGGUUGGAGCAAGGGACAGCUGUGGAUAAACGGCUUCAACCUGGGCCGGUACUGGACCCACCGUGGGCCCCAGCAGACCCUCUUCGUGCCUGGCUCGGUGCUGCACGUUGGCCGUCCCAACAACAUCACAGUGCUGGAGCUGGAAGGGGCACCCCUCACCCCCCUCUUGCUCUUUCUCGACCGACCCCUUUUCAACAGGACCCUCAGCCACAGCAUCUCGGCCCCAGAAUAAACACAGUGUUGCUGGGCA